UUUAAUAUUAGAGAUUUUUAUUAAAUCUUUCUUGUAGGUCCCACGUGCUACAAGACAGAUCUUUGUUCACUUGUAAGCAUGUUUUAGCAGCUUGGCUGACUACUGUUACAAAAGAUAAAGUGUCUUAUCAAUAUAUAACAGAGAAAAGAUUUCAAAGUCUGUUGUCGUACCAAACAUCGUAUAAACAUGUACCAGGAAUUAGAAACAUAUAAUUUAGUUGCGAAGUUAGGGAAUCUUAGGACCAUAGUUCAGUUAUUGAAAGCUAUCAAUUUUAAGGAGAGUGCUACUUGUUUCGGGAGCGAGAGUGGAUUAAAAAUAACAGUAGAGGAUUCUAAAUGCAUACAAGGCAGUGCUUACAUUUCAGUCGAUGUAUUUGAAGUGUAUAAGUUAAAAGAAGAUGUAAUGUUCAGGAUCAAUUUAAACGUACUAGUUGAAUGCCUUUGUAUGUUUUGGUCUAGUAUCAAUUCUCAUGGCAGUUCUGUGGCUUUACAACUCUUUUAUAAAGAUAAAGGACAUCCUGUAUCAGUUCUUAUUGAGGAAGAUGGUGUUAUAACAGAUUGUUCAUUAAAAACUCAGGACCCUGACGAGUUAUUAGUCUUUCAAGUUGAUGAUGUCUUGAACCAGGUGGUAUUACAAACUGAAUUGUUGAAAGAUGUAUUGUCUGAGCUUGAUCUAUGUACUGAUACCAUUGAGCUGCUUCUGUCACCUUCCGCACCUUUCUUUCGUCUCACCACAGCUGGUAUAGGUGGAAUUUGUCAUAUCGAAUUGCCACACGAUAGUGAACUAAUUGAUAGCUUCCAAUGCACCUCAACAGCUACGACAACUUAUAAAGUUUCACAUAUUAAACCAGCUAUGAAGGCAUUAUCAUGCGCGAACAAAGUUUCCUUAAGAACUGAUGUAUGCGGAUUGUUGCAUUUUCAGUACAUGGUCAGAGUUGACGGAGGUCAUACAUGUUAUAUAGAAUAUUAUAUAUCUCCAGUAAUAGAUCCCGAUGAAUAAUUUUACAAAUAAUGAGUUUCUAGGAGUAUAAGUAAGAUAGCAUCGAAACUUAAGUUUCCUUACUUCGUAUGGUUGUAAUUAAAGCUUCUCGUUCAUUGUAUUAUUCUUUUUAUUAUAUUUAUAUAAAAAAAAAGUUUUCAUACAAA